AUGAGCUACACGGCAGCAGCUCUUUCAUUUAUGUUUGAAAAUCUUUCAAAACCAAUUGUACUUACAGGUUCACAAAUCCCAAUAUUCGAAACACGAAGUGAUGGUCGAGACAAUCUUAUUGGAAGUUUACUCAUUGCAGGACAAUAUCAUAUUCCAGAGGUUACUCUUUAUUUUCGAAAUCGACUUUAUCGAGGGAAUCGUGUAACAAAAAUCGAUUGUGAAGGUUUAAAUGCAUUUGAUUCACAUAAUUUUCCGACAUUGGCAGAAUUUCGAACUAAAAUUCAAGUUAAAUGGGAUUUAAUUUUUGAUCGAUCAUCUGAGGGUCCAUUUAAUGUUCAUACAAAUUUAAACCGAAAUGUUUCACUUCUUCGUCUUUUUCCUGGUAUAACAUAUUUAACAGUGCGUCAAUUUCUUGAACCACCAAUUCAAGGUGUUGUUUUACAAACAUAUGGAGCAGGAAAUUUACCAACAAAUCGACCAGAUUUAAUUGAAGAAUUACGUAAAGCAGCUGAACGUGGUGUUCUUAUUGUUAAUUGUACACAGUGUGCAAAAGGAAAUGUUUGUUAUGCGUAUGAAAGUGCAACAUCAUUACAAAAAAUAGGCGUUUGUGUAGGAUCGGACAUGACAAUUGAAGCUGCUUUGAUGAAAUUAUCAUAUGUCCUUGGUAAAUAUUCAUCGGAUAUGAAAGUAAUGAAAAUGAAAAUGGCUGAAAAUUUACGAGGUGAAAUGUCUACAGAUUCGAGCAAACUAAAAUGUCCAACAAUAAGUCUUGAUUGGAUAUUAAAUGCAACCAAUGAUGAAUCGAAUAAGGAAUCGGCUCAAUUUCGUCAAUCAUUAUUACCGUGGUUAAUUGCAACAUGUGCUCAAACGGAUGAUAUAACUACUCUAAAUCAUAUACAAAAAACUCAAACAGGUAUCAAAUUUAAUAUAGUAUUACCAUGUGGUUCGAUGCCACUUCAUGUUUGCGCUAAAUAUGGUGCGAUAAAAUGUGCUGAUUUACUUCUGCGUAUUGGUAAUAAUGAAAAUCCGAUUGUUAAUGAACCUGAUCAAGUUGGUUUUACAGCACUUUUUUAUGCUAUUCUUCAAAAAAAUGAAGCAAUGAUUGAAUUAUUAGUUCGUAAUGGUGCAAAAUUAACAGCAACAUUAAAACCAAGUGAAAUUGGAAUGUAUUUAUGUAAUUGUGUUAAACAUAAUGAAGUUGAUCGAUUAAUAGCAUGGCAUAAAGCAGGAGCGAAUCUUGAUCAAACUGAUUAUGACGGUCGAACACCACUUUUAUUGGCUGUAAAUUAUAAUUCUAUUGAUUGUGUUCAUUAUUUAUUAGACAAUGGUAAUAUUGACAUCUCAUGGUGUGAUAAUCGUAGUAUGACACCAAUUCAAAUAGCUAAACAACGCGGUUUUGAUAUUGUUCGCUCAUCAACUAAUAAACUUCAUGAUGUUUAUGCCAAAGCGAAAGAUGCAAGUGUACUUAUUCGGCUUCCAUGUAAUUUAGCUGAGACAAUUGCUGAUAAAACAUUAAAAAUUGCUCUUACAGUUGCUAAUCCCGUUGUUAAAUCAUUAUCUGAACCUGUACGUGUAAUUGACAAUUAUGCUGCUCAAACAAUUCGUCAAAUUGAAACAAAAUACCCUAUGAUUAAUACACCAACUGAAAACGUUGUGAAUACAUUCAACAUAAAAACAAAACCAGUUUUCAAUGUAAUGAAUUCAGUUAAGGAUACAACAACAUCAACCAUUCAACAUGGCAAAGACACUGUUUCUAAUGUAGCAACAGCUACCGUCAAUAAAGCAUCUAAUGUAGCAGAUUCUGUAUUCUCAUAUUGUGAAGCAAAUGUACCUGGAAUGGAACGUCGUAAUACUGGUAAAAGAAGUAGAAUAAGUGAAUGUAUGUCUUCAACUGUUGGUUCAUUAUGUCAUCAUGCAUGUGAAUCGGUUCAACCAUCUUUAUUAUGGUUUAGAAUGUUGGUUGCAACCUGUUUACUAAAAACUAAACAAAUUAAUGAUUUUUUACUUACUAAAAUGCAACAACAACGAUUUUUACCUGUUUUACCACAACGAUUAUUAAUUUUUGUCAGUAAUUUCUUGGAAAAUGUUACUAGAUUAAUUAAACCUAAGGAUGCUAAAUUGGCUGAAUGGGAAACAACUCAGCAACGAACUGGAUUCAAUUCAUUAUCACAAUUCUUUUUUAAUCGACAAAACUUAAAACCUGAUCAAUCUGCAACUGCUCGUAAAAAGGUUGUUAUUAAUCAACCAGAAACAGGAGUAAAUCGUCCAAGUAAUUUCAAUAAUAUUCCAGACUCACAACCCGAUUAUUCAAAUAUGACUGAUACAGAAGAACUACAUGCUCGUUUAGGUUCGCAUGAUUUAUGUCAAUCAAAUUAUAAUACGGACAAUGAUACAUGGACAAGAGAACCUGUUAAUCGUUUUGCAAAUAAUGAUAUUACACAGUUACAUUCUGAACUUAAACCAACUGAUGUUGAACUCCUUUAUUCUCAAUUAUCUGCUGAUAUUUUACCAAAAGUGGAUGAUCAAGAACCAUUAACUGAAGACCAACAAGAACUUCAUGCUAAAAUCAUUGGUGCUGGAUUAGAAGAUCAAGGUUAUCUUGUAGAUGAGAAUGAUGAUUGA